AUGUCAGGCAACCUAAAAGAGGAUGCACUUAGAAAACGCAAAAGCAGAGAAAAUGAAACCCUUGAUCAACGCCAGAAACGCCUUGCUCGUGAUCGCGAAAAUAAAGCAAAGAGAAAGAACGAAGAAAGUGCAGAAGAACGUAAAGAGCAUUUAGAUAAAGAAAAAAAACAAAAGCAACAACAUAGAGCUUUGAAUAAUUUAGAUGUAACUGGUGGGCGCUUAAACGAUCAAGAAAAUGAACAAACUGAUAAGAAUAUUCCAAAAAAGUUUUCAGCAGAGAAUAACAUAGACCCAGGUGACGUGCCUGAGGAACUUCAAGGUCUUACUGAGAUUGAGAAAAUGUUGAUUGCACAAAUAUUUCUUGUAAUCUUAGUAUAUUGUCUUCGUGAAGGCCAGUAUGCAUAUAAGAGAAAUGUUAUUAACUUUCCUCAAGAUGUGCAUGAAUUUGUAACACACCUUCCACGUCAUCCAUCAUCAUUGGAUGUUCUUGUUGUGCGUCGACAGUUUUUAAGUGGACCAGCAUUCAGAGAUUUUAACGUUCGUUAUGUUAAAGUUGCUCGAGUGCUUCUAUGGUUAAAAGCGAAUAAUCGGUAUUACACUAACAUCGACAUUGACAAUGAAGCACUGCAAUUAUUGCCUGAAAAUGGAACCAUUGAUAACCAUCUUCAACAGAUAUUGAACCGAAUUCUUUGCAACAGCAACCCUAAUGAUCUAUUGCUUGCUUCUUUUCAAAAAUUACUUCUUUAUACUGUUGCAGAACGUGAUAUCUCCGUGCAAGAAACUUGCUAUCAUCUUCUUGGCAUCCCACUCUACCAUUCUUGUUGUUAG